AUGGUGGGUCCGAGGCUGGCGAUAAUCCCUGUGGUUGUUGGACGUGUGGCGGUCGGAGGAGAGCAGCAUCACCGGGAGAAGAGUCCUGAUUCCCGGACCGCAGCAUCCUCCUGUCCGGGGCCGAGCAGAGAGAGGCCAGAGGCGGGGAGCUCCAGCCGAGGCCCGGGGGGUGUGGAGACCGGGGAGAGAGGCGUGUGGAGCGGCAGAGGACAGAGCCAAGAAAUCUCCACAAGAAGGUCCAGGUGGACUCCCAGUCCAGUCUGUGGUCCAGGUGGACUCCCAGUCCAGUCUGUGGUCCAGGUGGACUCUGUGGUCCAGGUGGACUGCCAGAUAUUUAUAGAGAGGGACAGGUACCAGGGGAGUGGGCACCAGGGGGACGGGGACCAGGGGGACGGGUACCAGGGGAGCGGGCACCAGGGGGACGGGUACCAGGGGAGCGGGCACCAGGGGGAUAGGGACCAGGGGAGCGGGGACCAGAGGGACGGGUACCAGGGGAGUGGGCACCAGGGGGACGGGGACCAGGGGAGCGGGCACCAGGGGGAUAGGGACCAGGGGAGCGGGGACCAGAGGGACGGGUACCAGGGGAGUGGGCACCAGGGGGACGGGGACCAGGGGAGCGGGCACCAGGGGGACGGGGACCAGGGGGACGGGCACCAGGGGAGCGGACACCAGGGGAGCGGGGCCCGAGGGGCGGGCACCAGGGGGAUGGGUACCAGGGGAGCGGGCACCAGAGAAGGGGAGAAGUCUACAGGUGCAGAUCCAACUAGCAGUGCCCCCCGGCCCCAGUGCCCCCCGGCCCCAGUGCCCCCCGGCCCCAGUGCCCCCCGGCCCCAGGGCCCCCCGGCCCCAGGGCCCCCCGGCCCCAGUGCCCCCCGGCCCCAGUGCCCCCCGGCCCCAGUGCCCCAGUGUUCCCGCCCCCCUCCCCCCCUAUCGUGGCCUUCCUGA